GAUUGGAGGAAACCCCGUGUCUGCGGAGCGGCUGUAGCCUGUGAGCAGCGAGAUCCAGGGACAGAGUCUCAGCCUCGCCGCUGCCGCCCAGAGACCGCUGAGCCCCGUCCGUCCGUCGCCACCCACUCCGGACACAGAACAUCCAGUCAUGGAUAAAAAUGAGCUGGUGCAGAAGGCCAAACUGGCCGAGCAGGCUGAGCGAUAUGACGACAUGGCGGCCUGCAUGAAGUCUGUAACUGAGCAAGGAGCUGAAUUAUCCAACGAGGAGAGGAAUCUUCUCUCAGUUGCUUAUAAAAAUGUUGUAGGAGCCCGUAGGUCAUCUUGGAGGGUCGUCUCAAGUAUUGAGCAAAAGACGGAAGGUGCUGAGAAAAAACAGCAGAUGGCUCGAGAGUACAGAGAGAAAAUUGAGACCGAGCUAAGAGAUAUCUGCAAUGAUGUACUGUCUCUUUUGGAAAAGUUCUUGAUCCCCAAUGCUUCACAAGCAGAGAGCAAAGUCUUCUAUUUGAAAAUGAAAGGAGACUACUACCGCUAUUUGGCUGAGGUUGCUGCAGGUGAUGACAAGAAAGGGAUUGUGGAUCAAUCACAGCAAGCAUACCAAGAAGCUUUUGAAAUCAGCAAAAAGGAAAUGCAGCCAACACAUCCUAUCAGAUUGGGUCUGGCCCUUAACUUCUCUGUGUUCUAUUAUGAGAUUCUGAACUCCCCUGAGAAAGCCUGCUCUCUUGCAAAAACAGCAUUUGAUGAAGCCAUUGCUGAACUUGAUACAUUAAGUGAAGAGUCAUACAAAGACAGCACACUAAUAAUGCAGUUACUGAGAGACAACUUGACAUUGUGGACAUCGGAUACCCAAGGAGACGAAGCUGAAGCAGGAGAAGGAGGGGAAAAUUAAAAGGCCUUCCAACUUUUGUCUGCCUCAUUCUAAAAUUUACACAGUAGACCAUUUGUCAUCCAUGCUGUCCCACAAAUAGUUUUUUGUUUACGAUUUAUGACAGGUUUAUGUUACUUCUAUUUGAAUUUCUAUAUUUCCCAUGUGGUUUUUAUGUUUAAUAUUAGGGGAGUAGAGCCAGUUAACAUUUAGGGAGUUAUCUGUUUUCAUCUUGAGGUGGCCAAUAUGGGGAUGUGGAAUUUUUAUACAAGUUAUAAAUGUUUGGCAUAGUACUUUUGGUACAUUGUGGCUUCACAAGGGCCAGUGUUAAAACUGCUUCCAUGUCUAAGCAAAGAAAACUGCCUCGUAUUGGUUUGUCCUGGUGGGGAAUAAAAGGGAUAAUUGGUUCCAGUCACAGGUGUAGCUGUGGGUACUUUAAGGUUUGGAGCACUUAUAAGGCUAUAGUAGAAAUAGAUAUCCCAUGGAUAUUACAUGUUAAACCAUGUGUUAUCUGUGGAAUACUCAGUCUCAGUGUGCACACCAUUGACUACAGCUACAGAAGUGUUCCUUUAGUUGUGACCCAAUUUACUCUGGAUAAGGGCAGAAACGGUUCACAUUCCAUUAUUUGUAAAGUUACCGGCUGUUUGCUUUCAUUAUUUUUGCUACACUCAUUUUAUUUGUAUUUAAAUGUUUUAGGCAACCUAAGAACAAAUGUACAAGUAAAGAUGCAGUAAAAAUGAAUUGCUUGAUAUUCAUUACUUCUUGUGUAUCAAGCGCAGCAGUAAAACAAAAAACCCAUGUAUUUAACAUUUUUUAGGUUUUUUUUUUUUGCUUUUGUGGGUUUUUUUUGUUUUGUUUUGUUUUUGUUUUGUUUUUUGGGGUUUUUUUUGGUUUUUUUUUUGAUACUUGCCUAACAUGCAUGUGCUGUAAAAAUAGUUAACAGGGAAAUAACUUGAGAUGAUGGCUAGCUUUGUUUAAUGUCUUAUGAGAUUUUCAUGAACAAUCCAAGCAUAAUUGUUAAGAACACGUGUAUUAAGUUCAUGUAAGUGGAAUAAAAGUUUUAUGAAUGGA